AUGACCCUGGAUGGACUCAAAGCCAUGCUUGAUGAGCUAAAAGCCUUGUAUGCCAAUAAUACAUGGACUCUUGUUCCUCGUGAGUCCUCUAUGAAUGUUAUUGGUUGCAAAUGGAUUUUUAAGACCAAACUCAAUGCAGAUGGAACACUUGAUCGGUUGAAAGCUAGUCUGGUAGCCAAAGGCUUUCACCAAAUAGCUGGUAUUAACUAUCAUGAAACCUUUUCUCCGGUGAUCCAUCCAAGCACUAUACGGACUGUUAUUACUAUUGCCUUGAUCAAACAUUGGGACAUUCGACAGCUGGAUGUCAAGAAUGCUUUUCUCCAUGGUGAUCUCAAUGAACCCGUCUACAUGGAACAACCUCUAGGUUUUAUCCACUCUUCUCAUAUUGGGCUGGAUGUGCACUCACCCGACGGUCAACAACAGGCUGUUGUGUAUUUCUUGGUAGUAACAGUAUUUCUUGGACAGCAAAAAAUAGCAUACUGUCUCUCGCUCAAGCAUUGA